AUGAAAAACGUGAACAAAUUUGUAAUAUUGUCAUUACUUCUAAUGUUAAACUAUGCAUUAGAAGAUAUUGAUAUGAAAUAAUAAAUUGAAUAACUCGAUCAACACAGAUUUGGUCACACUCUUCUUGAUACAAUUUACUUAUAAUUGUAAACUUAAGAACCAAUUGAAAGAUUAAUGGGAACUUUACAAUAAAUUGAGGAUAGAUAUUAUUAAGAUUAAAAAGAAGAAGAUGUAUCACAUAAGGAAUAUUAAGACUCUUGUACUGUGGUAUUAAUUAUUAAUAUUUCAUAUAGGAUCUAUAAAAUUUAGAUUAAAAUAUUAAAGUGAGUGAUAAUGAACGUAUUAAGUUGGAAGCAAGAUUGGAAGGUGAACUCUAUCCAAAGAGAGAAAUUUUAUAGAAAUUAAUUAAUUAAAAAUAAGGGGAGCUUAAAGAAUUCAAAGAAGACUUAAAUGAAUUAGAUUUAUAAAGAGAAGAAGAAAAUGAAGAGUAUUAACAUAAAAUACAUGAACAUGAAGAUGUUAUUGCUAUAUUGAUGUAGGCUAGAACACUAUUCUCAGAGAAUCUAUAAACACAUGAUAAUUCAUUUAUUUAAUUGAAUAAUAAUGGUAUAGAAUUACUAUAAAAACAUUUUGGAGCAUCUAUUAAAAGAGCAAGUACUCAUUAAUUAAAAUAAUAGGUAAAUUUACUUAUAGAACUUCUUGGGGUAAAAUGUUCAAAGCAUUAGCUACUAUUACUUCUAGAGUUCAUUAAUUAUAAGAUUCAGCAUAAGUUGAAAAUGUUAUCUUACUUAUUGAUUAAUUAUUAGAAUAAGUUCAUGAUUCAAUGGAUCUUGAAAAGUUCUCAGAAGAAAAAAGAAUUCAAGCUUAUGAAAAGACUAGAAAUUUAUUAGUAAUUUCAAUCAAUACUACUGAGAGUACUUUGGCAUCUGCAAUAUCUGAUUUGGCAUUGUAUUUUAUCUAUUAUACAUACAUAGAGUAAAUGAAGUGAUUGAAUAGACUCAAGCUACUCUUGAUAAUGUAAAUUAGAGAUUAGAAAUGCUUUAAUAAUCUAGAGAUGAUCGAUUCACUAUUUGUGAAUAAGAGGCUUAAGAUUAUUAGGAUUCUAGAUCAUAACGGUAAUGAUUAAGUUAUUAAUUGUUAGGGAUUCUGAUAGAGAUGUUGUUUCUUAAACUAUUGGAUUAUUGAAUAAAUCAUUAAGAACAUUAAAGGAACAAUUAGCAUUAAGAAUGUCAGCUGGAGAAUAAUUUGAAGAUGUUUGA